AUGUCAAAAAAGCAAGAGAACCUCACUCAUGAGGAGAUGUGGGAUGACUCCGCCCUCAUAGAUUCUUGGAAUGAGGCUUUGCAAGAGUACAAAAAAUAUCACAGCAUACACGCCAAAGGUGGAAGUUUACGAGAUCUGGAGUCUCAAAACCAGGUUGAAGCAGAGCCAGAACCUGAACAGCCUCAAACAACAGAAACACAAGAGAACGUUUUGAUCUCAGAAAGAACCGAGGAAAAUAAGAUCCCUUCAUCACGGAACGAGUCUAAGGGACCGGCUCCGUCUCAGUCUCAAGGUGUCCCUGCUUUUCCGAUACAGACCGUUCUAGGUUCUGUUCAAGACGAAAGCCUCAAAAAACUUCUCAUGUCCUGGUAUUAUGCAGGCUACUACACAGGCUUGUACGAAGGCCAGCAACAAGCUCAACAAAACCAUGCUUCGUAA